CAAAUAAAAAAAAAAGUAUUCCUUUGUUAUUUCUCGUUACCCGCGUCCCCUUCCUCCCUCUUUCGCUUCUCUACACUUUUAAGGUAUGUAUUUGCUGUCGCUACACUGUCGUUCCAAGAAGUUGAUAUAUAUAGCCACAUGGAACACGAGCAUACCGCAAAGCUGCUUUACUUUCAACGGCUUUAUCGAAUGUCGCAUCGAAAUUGUAUUCCUGGAGACGACAUUGCCGAUGGAAUGGUUGCGACGAGGUGGCGGACAGUUACGAGGAUGUCAUUGUAGGAGGCUGCGCUGGAUAGUUCGUGGUGAGGAUUGGAAGGCGGGUUGGACAGUUGUCGGGAUUUGAGAUCACCCGUUGAGAUCGGCGUGAAGGGAUGCCGGAGAUCUGCUUGCAGUGGUUGCAGACGGGCAACACGACUUGUGGACGACAUGACGAAGGGUCGCCAUACAGGCAGGAAAUAUGGGUUGAAGCAUUGUCGACUCAAGAACAUAGACAAAAGGCGGAGAAGACGAUGUCUUGAUGAUGGCGGGAACAUUCUCUGUUAUUCGUCAGAAUGCCGUCAGCAAAUGGCAGCAGGCCGAUCUUGGAAAAACGUCAUUUAUCCGAUUAGACUGUGCCAACAGUGCCAGUCGGCCAAUGACGAUACCAAUCCACAGAUUUGGAACAGAGAUAUCAAUGCUGAUGUGAAAAUGCGUUGGGUAGCGAUUGUCAUGGGCUGCGACUCAGGCUAA